CUGGCGGCCAUGCGCUCCUGGGUAUGGACGGGAAUUGUCAUUCCUUUGGUGCACCACACGUGCGAGCUGCAGUGGUCGCCGAGUUGAGCGGAAAGAAAGGGGCUCGGGCCUCAGUUAGCUCUUCGCCCGCUCGUGUCGUUUCCCUCCUCUCCGUCGCCACAGUGCCCGUCCCCUCUGCUCCACUACCGCUGCUAGGCGCUAGUCCACCACUCGUGGGGCCGGAUCCUUCGCCACCCCUGCCGCAGUCGUUGCCGACGUCGUCUCGCGGCCUUGGCUCUCCGCUCCUAUCGCCUCUCCGCCUCUUGUCUCUGUCCACUCACUCAGGAGGUUCGACUCCUUGAGCCGCGAACGUGCAGCUGACGAGCGCCAUUGGCUCGAUGGCUCCUGGCAAUUUCCUAGGCAUGUAGGUAAGGGGUCUGCGUAGGCCUGUGGUCAUCAGAGGAGGCCAAAUUAGCCAAG